UGUGAUCUUCCGCCGUAUUCAUGUAGUGCCAAACGUUUUAUAUUACAUGUAUAUAUCUAUAUAUAUAAGUUGCUACGUUGUCUUUUUUCAUUCUUCAGUCGGUUUGUCCAGGCGUGUCAUUCAUCUCGUAACGUCACUUGCUCAAUUGAACAAGUCUUGCCAAUAUUUAUUGUAACGAUGAGGUUCGCUGGAGUAUUAUUUGUAACAGCAUUGUGCGUCAUCGUAUCCUUUGCUGACAUCGCCUCUGAGGAUGGAGUUCUCGUAAUAACAAAAGAUAAUUUUGAACAAGCAGUAAAAGACCAUCCUUAUAUUCUUAUCGAAUUUUACGCUCCAUGGUGUGGUCACUGCAAGGCAUUAGCUCCAGAAUAUGUUAAAGCAGCUAAAGCACUUGAAGAAAAUAAUUCGAACGUUAAAUUAGGUAAAGUUGACGCCACAAUAGAAUCCCAGCUUGCCGAAGAUAAUGGGGUGCGAGGGUAUCCAACACUUAAAUUCUACCGCAAUGGUGUGGCCAUUGAUUACACUGGUGGUCGUCAAGCAGAUGAAAUUGUCGCCUGGUUGAUGAAAAAAACUGGUCCUCCAGCGAAGGAAUUGUCAACUGUUGAUGAUUCUAAAGCCCUGAUUGACGCCAAUGAAGUUGUUGUCGUUGGUUUCUUCAAAGAUCUUGAAUCCGCCGAUGCUAAAGUUUUCAUGGAUGUUGCUAAUUCUAUCGAUGAGCAAGUAUUUGGUGUUACUAGUGAUGAAAAAGUUUUCGAUGAGUACAAAGCCACAGAUGGUUCAGUUAUUCUUUUCAAAACGUUCGAUGAAGGUCAAAGUGUCUACGAAAAUGAAAUCUCUGUUGAAAAACUUAAGGAAUUCAUUGCAGUCCAUUCACUUCCUCUUGUUGUCGAUUUCAGUCAACAAACAGCUCAAAAAAUUUUCGGUGGAGAAAUCAAAAGUCAUCUCCUUGCAUUUAUCAGCAAAGAAGAUGGACAUUAUGACAAAUAUGUUGAAGGAAUUAAAACAUCUGCAAAGAAAUAUCGUGGACAGAUUCUUUUCGUUACAGUUAAUAUUGAUGAAUCUGAUCAUGAACGUAUUCUCGAAUUCUUCGGAAUGAAGAAAGAAGAUGUACCUGCUAUGCGUAUUAUAAAGCUUGAACAAGAUAUGGCUAAAUACAAACCAGAAAAUCCCGAAUUGAGUGAAGAAAAUAUUUUGGAAUUCGUUACGGCAUUCUUUGAAGAUAGAUUAAAGAGGCAUUUACUUACUGAAGACUUACCUGAAGAUUGGGAUGCUAAACCUGUUAAGGUUCUUGUUGGUACUAACUUCUAUGAAGUUGCCUUCGACAAAUCCAAAAAUGUUCUCGUUGAAUUUUAUGCACCUUGGUGUGGGCAUUGCAAACAACUUGUUCCUAUUUACGAUAAACUUGGAGAGAAAUACGAAAGCGAUGAGACGGUAGUUAUCGCAAAAAUGGAUGCCACAGCCAAUGAACUUGAUACAAUCAACAUCAAGAGUUUCCCUACUAUUAUUUUGUACAAGAAAGAAACCAAUGAGGCUGUUGAGUACAACGGUGAACGAACGCUUGAAGGUCUUUCCAAAUUUAUUGAUUCGGAUGGUGUUUACGGACAAGCUGCCGAAGAAGUUCAAGAGGAAGAUGAAGAUGAUGAUGUGCCAAGAAAAGACGAACUUUAA